CGAGCUACCCGCUGGGAAGGGUAGUUCCAGGCCGAGCGUGGCGCGCAGGCGCAGAGCGCCGCGGGCCAGUGUUGCUGUUUCGUUGCGGGCGGGCGAGCGGGCAGAGCGGCGGGUGAGUGACGACCGGAGGGACGGGAAAGAACGGGACGGAGAGCGAGUCGGGGACCCUCGUUCGCUGCUUCUCGCACGGACCCAGCAGAAGGGGGAGGGCCACCUUCAGCUGGAGGCGGGGAGGCCCUUCUAGGAAGACCAUGGAGGCCUCGGCCCCCGGGCUGGCGGCCCGAGCCCCGCCUUUCGAAGACAUGAUGUCAUGGCCAGAGAGGAGCGGCGCGGGGAGGGGCUCCGAGGACACCAAGCCCCCCGGGCUGCUGGCGGCUGUCCUCCAGGUCGCCCCCAGCUGCCUCGGGCCCGACGGGCGCUGGGUGUCGCGGGCGCCCGUCAUGGCGGAGCCGCUGACCUUCAGGGACGUGUCGGUGGACUUCACCCCCGAGGAGUGGGCGCAGCUGGACCCGGCGCAGCGGGCGCUCUACCGGGACGUGAUGCUGGAGAACUACGAGAACCUGCUCUUCCUGGGGCUCCCCGUGGCCAAGCCCGACGUCGUGUGCCAGCUCGAGCGGGGCGAGGCGCCUUCGUUCCCGGAGCAGCCGGAGUUCUUCGCCGGCGCCUGCCCAGAUUCCCUCGCUCAGGAGAUUAAGUGCGAAGCCUUGGACCCAAUUCCGCAGCACAUCAUUUGUAUGGAAACAGCUGAUGAGAAACUCCCUAAAGAGGGUUUCUGGGAGGCUAAGAUGGGAGAAGAUUGGGAGUAUGAAAUGAUGUUAGAGAGGCAGAAGGCCUCUGAGAAUCAGUAUAGUCAGCUCGAAACCGUUAAUGUGAAACAUUUUGAGGAGAUGAAUAUCCCUGGGAGUAAUGCAUUUGGGAGAGAUUUUGACCUGGGGUCCAUCUUUGUUCCCCAACAGAGAGUUCCUUCAGGACAAAAUCUUUUUAAAUAUGAUCCUCUGGGCAACAGCUUUGAUCAGUUUUCAGAUCUGAUUUUAUAUAAUGGAAUGUCCUUAGAGAAUAAACAUUGUAAGUACAAUAAGUGGAAGAAGCCCUUCGAUUACCCCCCAGAUCUUUUCCAGUUCCAGGCUGUAAAUCCUGGGAACAAACCCUAUGAAUAUAAUGAAUUUGGGAAAACUUUCAACCCAGGGACACCCCUUAUUUAUCAUCCCAUAAUGAAUACUGGAGAGGAAUCCUUUGAAUACAAUGGAUGUGGAGAAGGCUUCAGUCAAAGACCCUAUUUUAAUGAACGCAAAAGAACACCUGCAGGAGAGAAGCUCUUUCACUGCACUGAAUGUGGGAAGUCCUUCAAUCAUAAGGGCAACUUUACCAAACAUCAAAGAAUUCACACCGGAGAGAAGCCCUUCCAGUGUAAUGAAUGUGGGAAAGCUUUUAGCAGGAGGGGAAACCUGACAGUACAUCAAAAAAUUCACUCUGGAGAGAAACCCUUCAAGUGUAACGAAUGUGGGAAAGCCUUCAUUCGGAGGGGCAGCCUUAUCGAACAUCAGAGAAUUCAUGCCGGAGACAAGCCUUUCCAUUGUCGGCAGUGUGGAAAGACCUUCAGCCAGAGGGGAAGCCUUACCGAACACCAGAGGAGUCAUACUGGAGAAAAACCUUUUAAGUGCACUGAAUGUGAGAAAAGCUUCUGCCAAAGGACGUCCCUUUUUUAUCAUCAGAGGGUUCAUACUGGUGAGAAACCGUUUUCGUGUAAAGAAUGUGGGAAGGUCUUUAGCCGGAGUGGAAGCCUCUCUAAACAUCAGAGGAUUCACACGGGUGAGAAACCUUUUGAGUGUAAUGAAUGUGGAAAAUCCUUUAGCCAGAGGGGAAACCUUGCUAAACAUCAGAGAAUUCAUGGUGGAGGGAAACCUUUUGAAUGCAAUGAAUGUGGAAAAAACUUCACCAACGCUUCUUGUCUGGCUAUACAUCAGAGAACUCAUACAGAAGAAAAACCCUUUAAGUGUAAUGACUGUGGGAAAGCCUUUAGUUGGAGGGUACGCCUUAUUGUGCACCAGAGAAUUCAUACUGGAGAGAAACCCUUUGGUUGUAAUGAAUGCGGGAAAGUCUUCAGUCAGAGGGGCCACUUGAAUGCACAUAAAAGAAUUCAUACUGGAGAGAAACCCUUUGUGUGUAAUGAAUGUGGGAGAGCUUUCAGCCAAAGGAUAUGCCUGACGGAACAUCGAAGAAUUCAUGCUGGAGAGAAGCCCCUAGAAUGUACUGAAUGUGGGAAAAACUUCAGCCAUAGAACAUCUCUUUUUUAUCACCAGAGAAUUCAUACUGGAGAGAAACCCUUUGAGUGCAAUGAAUGUGGGAGAACUUUCAGCCAGAGUGGAAACCUCACUGAACAUCAGAGGAUUCAUGCUGGAGAGAAACUCUUUGAGUGUAAUGAAUGUGGAAAAGCCUUCAGCAACAACUCACGCCUUGCUUUACAUCAGAGAAGCCAUAACGGGGAGAAGUUUUUUCAGUGUAAUCAAUGUGGGAAAGUCUUUGGCCAGAGGGCACACCUCAAUGCACACAGGAGGAUUCAUACUGGAGAGAAACCCUUUGAGUGCAGUGAAUGUGGGAAAGCCUUUAGCUGGAGGGUAAGCCUUACUGUGCAUCAGAAAAUUCAUACUGGAGAGAAACCUUUUGAGUGCAGUGAAUGUGGGAAGGUCUUUAGCCAGAGAGGACACCUUAACACACAUAAGAGAAUUCAUACAGGAGAGAAACCCUUUGAAUGUAAUGAAUGCGGAAAAGCCUUCAGCCAGAGGGGACACCUUACUGAACACCAGAGGAUUCAUGCUGGAGAGAAACCACUUGAAUGUAAUCAGUGUGGUAAAAACUUCAGCCACCGAACAUCCCUCUUUUAUCAUCAGAGAAUUCAUACAGGUGAGAAACUUUUUGGAUGCAAUGAAUGUGGGAAAGUCUUCAGCCAGAGUGGAAGCCUUACAAAACAUCAAAGAAUUCAUACUGGAGAGAAACCCUUUAAAUGUGAUGAAUGUGGGAAGUCCUUCAGCCAGAGAGGAAACCUUACGAAACAUCAGAGAAUUCAUGCUGGAGAGAAACCAUUUGAAUGCACUGAGUGUGGAAGAGCCUUCAGCCAGAAGGUACACCUCACCGAACAUCAGAGAACCCAUGCUGGAGAGAAACCUUUCGAAUGUAACGAAUGUGGGAAAAACUUCAGCCACAGAUCGUCCCUUUUUCAUCAUCAGAGACUUCAUACUGGCGAGAAACCCUUUGGAUGUAACGAAUGUGGGAAACUUUUCAGCCGUUAUGGAAGCCUUCGAAAACAUCAGAAAAUCCACAUUGGAGAAAAACCCUUUGGGUGUGACGAAUUUGGGAAACCGUUCAACCAGAUAAGACCCAUGAAUGAACAAGAGAUAAUUCAUGCUGGUGAGAAGUUAAUAAAUGCAAUGAAUUCAGGAACCCCAGCAGCACUAGCUGACUCCUUAGGAAGCAUCAGAUAAUCAGUGCUUCAUCAGUCUGGGUACUGCCUAUGCUAGUGUGGACAACUGUUGUGACUCAGAAGUAGAGUGAGAGUGUGUGUGUGUGUGUGUGUAUGUGUGUGUGUGUGUGUUAAUAUUUGCUUUGGCCAGUCUGGCUCUGAGCCUCAGCAGACUUAGCUUGUAGCUCUCCACCUUGGUGUAUGACUUGCCAGCCUUCACUCCUUCCAUUACCAAGGCUUGCUUCUAUGCCAUAGUGGAGAGGAUGAUUUGGCGGUGGAAUGAUGAUAAUUGAUUGUCCAUAUCCUUUGACCAUUUAUCUUGGAGGUUCCCUCUAGCUUGUAAAUUUGUCAAUACCCAAUGGAUUCUGGAUGUCAGACAUAUCAAAGAUAACUGAUCUCAGUAUAAAAAAAAUUAAUGACUGGAAAAAGAAAGUACUCAACACUAAUAUGGUUGGAGAGAAUUCACAACCAGGUAUGGGACAGAGAAAACUACAAGAGUGAAAAAUUAGUCAUUUUCAGUUGUUUACAAUUAAAAUAUUUUACAGUAACAAAAUCACUGCAACUGGAAUAAGGUAAGAAGCUUUUGAUUUAGGAGAGAACAUUUGUGUCAAACAAUUCUGAAAAAUAUUCAGAAUGAGGGAUUGACCAAAAAAAAAAUGCCCCGAAUUGUUCAAAAUUCAUUCCCUGUAGAUAAGCGGUCAAAAGAUUUUCAAAAUACAACAAACUCGACAACUGCAGGAAAAUAAUCAGAUUCAUUAAUAAUGAGAAACACAAAUUACAACAACAAGGUAUCACACCUAUCAAGUUGGCAAAGAUGGUUAAAAGAUGACAAGCCAUCCAUACUGGAAGAGUUCUGGGAAGCCAGGCAACCUAAUGCACUGUGGGCAAAGUCAUAGUUUGGGCCAAGUACUCCGGAAAACAGCUUGGAAUCAUAUCGGGAAAGUUGUGGAGCUUUUCAUGAAGCCCUUUUGGUCUAGCUCUUCCACCACCGGUUUUGUUCCCCCAAGAAGACAUUGGAAGAAAAGGCCAGUGGGCACCCGAAUAUUCAUCACAUCUUUUUAUUAUCCUCAUUUUCUUGCUAUUUUUGUAUUUGCAGCACAGUAAUUUUCUACCCUUCCCAAAAGAACACUGUCUUGACAAAAACAAUUCUAUAGAAAGUGGAUGCUAACACCGUAACCUGGGUGACUACAGGGUAUUCUCUCCUGAAGUUCCGUUUCGUUAUUUGGACUUGGGGAAUCUCCAUCUUUUGAAAUAUUUUGUUGGUUCAUUGGCGCGUCACAGCUAUUUGCUAUCCACUCCUUCAACAUUCAAGCCUCCAUCAUAACAGCAAUUCAGGAAAGAGUUCCCAGAGACACCCCGGCUGACCGACCUUUAGACCACAUCUUAGAUCUGCAUUCCUUUGUCGCCACGAAGGGAGGAAGUUUGGUUUCAUUCCGUCUACAUUGCAUUUCUGUUGCUCAGUUGACUCACUUGGAGCGAUCGUUCCGCUUAUGUGGUUGGCACACUGUGUAGUGUUCUCCUGGUGCUGUUUCCUUCACUUGUUUCAUGCCCGCCAUUUUCCAGUGCCCGGAACACUCCAUCAUACUCAUUUUCUACAGUUCGUCGCACCAUUCCCCCAUGAGGGGGCAACUACCCUGCUUCAGGCUUUGCUCGCACAAAGAGCACGGCUGAGUUUGUUUUCAUGUACGGAUCCUUAGUUUCUGGCUUUGGCUUCCUUGGGCUGUGUGCCCGAGCAGUGACAAAGGUGGAGACAGUUUAGCCACUUUGCUCAUAUGGUUCCAAGUGGAAAUCCAGAGUUUGGAGUACUUCACGGUUCACCCCAGGUGCCUCAGGGCCCCCAUCUUCCCCCAGUUGCCACCAUCCAGCAUGUCUUUUAUUAACUUUGCCGGUUUGCGUCUGUAAGGUGAGAGGAGUUAUUUUCAUUUGAAUUCCUCGAACUAUUAGUGACUUAAAAAAUAUUGUUUUAACCUUUUUCAUCUUAGAAUAGAUAUGUGGGUAUCUGUUCUAAGGAAGUAGAGUGGUCAGGGCUAGGCAGUGGGGGUUAAGUGACUUGCCCAGGGUCACACAGCUGGGAAGUGUCCGAGGCCAGACUUGAACCCAGGACCUCCCAAUUCCAGGCCUGGCACUCGAUCCACUAGGCCCCAGUUUAUAGUUUGCAGUUGACUGAGGAACUGGAAAUGCCCAUCAGUUAGGAGAGUAACGGAGCAAAUUGCAGCAUUCAGUUGUCUUCGAAUCCGUAUUCCGAGGAACCAGGAGGCCUGUGUAUGGAGCCAUAGACGAGGCCGGAGCGGAGACUUGGGAGGGAACCGGGUUCCUCCUCCGUGUUCGGAGCUGUUGGCCAACGACUGCAGGGCUCCGUGUGCUGUUCUUUGCUGCCUCUGGUUUGCUGGUUGUUCUUGUUAAACUGCGGGGAAUUUAAGGGUGGGGGGAGGGCUUGGGCUCUGCUGGCGAGGAAUGACUCGGAGGGAAGCGAUUAUGUCCAAGAACAGCCAUAGAAGGCGAUCACGUGGUUCUCGAAUCUGGACCGACCUCGGGCCAUCUUGGUACGCCCACACGAAGACCUUCGGGGAUGCAGGCCGGACAGAUUGGCCGGCAUCUGCUCAUUCCGUUAGCUGCCCUCAGGUGGCAGCAGAGUUGCGGAAGUCAGUGCGGCGGCGGCGGACGUGCGCUGCCACGUCUGAAUUAAAUAGUGCCUCCACUGCGCAAGGCGGAAACCACUGACGUGUGUGUAUAUAUGUAUGUAUGGGGGGGGGGGUAUAUAAACCAUGUACGUGCAUGCGUGUCUAUGCUUCUGUCCGGAGAGCCCCAAGAGGGCCCAGCGCAGAGGAGUCCCCGGCCGGGGCAGCCCUUUCCAUUGGAGCCGGCCAGCAGCCGUGGAGUUCCCGUGCAUGGCCAGCCCUCGCAUGCUGGGCCCAGGAGCACUUGGAAGCCAUCGUGGCCCGCUGGAACCGCCCCCCGACUGCGCCCGCCCCGCCCCCUCGUGGGCUCCUGCUCCUUCCCUCCCGCCCCUCAUGCCCCGACCCCUCCCCCCCUCCUGCUAGCCUGCGUGUUUGUCUGUAACUCAGCUUAGUGACUCCCAUCCCGGAUGCACACGACGACCUACUUAGUGAACUACUGAGCCGGUGAGCCGGUGAAUGGCAGCGUGGCCGCCACGUGGGCCCGAGGCUGCUCGCUGACUUGUCCAAUUAAAGCUCGUUUCACCA